GAUUGUUCUAGUCUCAAUGGAAAGAAACGAAAAGCCUCAAAUGGGAAUGCGUCAGAUGAGUGGAAUGCUAAGAAGGAGCAAGCUGAAAAAUUGGUGGGGCUAUCUGUGGCUGCUGCAUACUACAAUCUACCUAGUCUUAUCAAGAAGAUUGAGAAGAGCAUAUCAGGAUUCUACCCAUCCUUGUCAUUGAUGGUCUUGGCCACUUGCCGCAAAGAAGGACCCUCUGUUCCAUCAGCAUUGCUUGAGCUGGCCUGGUCAUUGGUUCGAUCCGACAGCAAAACACUAGCAGAUACAAAGGCAAUUGCAUGUGUGGAUGCAACUUUGGUGGAAGAGAUUCUCAAGGAUGAUCAAUCGGCACUGAAAGAAUAUGAUCUUUUCAUCUUUCUGACACAAUGGGUUCAAAUCAACCCAAACCAUCGAGCAGCGCUUGCUAAAAAGUUGGGAAGCAACCUUCAGCUUGAAAAAAUAAGCCCAGUUGAUCUAUCCACUUCAGUUGCCUCAUCUGGACUGUUCAUGCCUGAUGAAAUAAAUGAAGCUUACAAGAAGCAAGCCCUUGCUGCUCAGCAGGCCCACGCAUUGUCUUUUCAAGGAUCACGAUCCACUUCAGUUGCCUCAUCAGGACUGUUCAUGCCUGAUGAAGUAAAUGAAGCUUACAAGAAGCAAGCCCUUGCUGCUCAACAGGCCCAUGCAUUGUCUUUUCAAGGAUCACGAGGUGCCCGUUUCUGGAAAAAAACUCUUACAACAGAGACUGGUUCUUGUAAGUCUGAUGUCACCACCGAUUACCUCAAUAUUGCUCCCAUCAAGGAAGGAAUCCAUAAAUGGACUGCGAAGCUAUUAUCGGAUGACGGUGUAGGAACGGAUGCUAGUGCUGCGUUUGGAAUUGUAUGCACUGAAACUUUUGUUGAAGAUGAUUGUCUGCUAGGCGGACAAGCUGGGGGCUGGGGAUUUGAUGACUGUGGUAGUAGUUGCAGCGAGGGGAAAUACACACUAGAAGGUGCUCGAUCAAUUUGUACAGACGAAGAAGUCAACCUGACACUCAAUCUUUCUCCCAGUGAGAAGGGAAAUGGCACAUUGAUCAUUUCUUUUGAGUGUGAAGGAGACAAGUGUUCCUAUGAAAUUGCCAGCAACCUACAUGAUCAUCUCAAGGGACAUUUUGGAGGAUUUCUUCCUGCCGUCUCAACCCACAGUGGUGCGUGUAUCGAGUUUGUGAGAAUGAAAACAAUUCAAGAAGGCUAG